AUGGCUGCUAUAGCAGCGGGUGGUGUAGUCUUUCUUUUGGGUGGAUACCAUGUCGUGUCAAAGUUGUAUGAGGAGUAUGAGGAUCGACGAGAAUACGAAGCCUUUGUUCGACAAUACGCCGACCAUGAAAAACUGGAUGAUGAUGAUGACGAGGAUGAUCAAACAGCGGCAACCACAAGCCAUCCAUGGCACAAGCGUCACCAAGAUUUGCGACAUCGGAAACACAUGUUACAAAGUGAGGAAUCGUUGAUGCAGUCGUCGAUUGAGCUUGAUGCAUUGGAAAAGAGUAUUCAAGAGAGACAGCAACGACUCGAAAGAGAACAAAAAGCACUUGACGAAGCUGAACGUGAAAUGGAGCGUCGCAAAGAAGCUUUGGCUCAACAGCGACAGCAGUCAGCAUCGUCCUCUUCCAUCUUUCAACCACCAACAAGUUCUUUUCACGUGUCGACUGACUCAUUCGAUUCUUCUUCAUCUUCAUCGUCAUGUGCUUCUUCAGUGGUAGCGGAUGAUGAAGAACCACAACAACAACAUGCUCCACGACUACUAUCAACAACAACAGCCACACCACCAUCACGUCGAUCUUCAGAUGGCUAUCGUAGCAGCAGUGUUGGAUCGGAUGAUGAUGGAUUUGCUUCUGUGAGUGACCCACAUACAAGCGACUCGUAUGAUAUCCUCAGCGACGACGAUUAUCGUUCGCCUUAA